UGAGACAAUGAGCUGAAGAGUGAUCGCCCUCAGAUCUUCACCAGCACACAGUCUCCCUCCCCGUAGACUACCUUCAGCAGUGACAGUGGGAGCCGCCUCCUCUCUCCAGUGUGAUCUCUGUCUCCAGGUGUCUGCUCAAGUCUUUGGCAGAAAAUACUCAGCAGGAUGUCUUCUUUAAAGGAGAUAUGCGGCGGUCUCCCGUUGGACCCUCUGCCCUCUAACCGGGGAAGAGACCCCAAUGUGCCGCAUGCACCCAUCAGGACCCCCAAACUUACAGCAGAGGAGGAACGGUUGGCACUGAAAAAUGCCCUGCGGUAUUUCAGCCCGUCACACCAUUCAACGCUCGCACCUGAAUUUGCUCAAGAGUUGCGGCAGUACGGCCACAUCUACAUGUACCGCUUCUGCCCCACAAUACGCAUGAGAGCUUACCCCAUUGAUCAGUAUCCAUGCCGUUCACGUCAGGCAGCCUCCAUCAUGCUAAUGAUCAUGAACAACCUGGACCCUGCUGUUGCUCAGUUCCCCCAGGAGCUCGUCACAUACGGAGGGAACGGACAGGUGUUCAGCAACUGGGCCCAGUUUCGCCUGGUGAUGCAUUACCUGAGUGAGAUGACGGACGAGCAAACGCUUGUCAUGUACAGCGGUCAUCCCAUGGGCCUGUUCCCAAGCCUGCCUUCCUCACCCCGCGCCAUCAUCACUAACGGCAUGGUCAUUCCAAACUACUCCUCCAAAGAGCAGUAUGAAAAGAUGUUUGCUCUCGGUGUGUCAAUGUACGGUCAAAUGACAGCAGGAAGUUACUGCUACAUUGGCCCUCAAGGGAUUGUUCAUGGCACAAUGCUGACUGUGCUGAAUGCUGGCCGGAGGUACCUGGGCUCAGGUGACUUGAGCGGUUGUGUCUUUGUGACCUCUGGCCUGGGGGGCAUGAGUGGAGCUCAGGCUAAAGCUGCUGUUAUUGCUGGUUGUGUUGGCGUGGUCGCAGAGGUGGAUGAGGCUCCUCUAAGAAAGAGGCAUGAGCAAGGCUGGCUGAUGGAGGUCACUAGCAACACUGAGCACUGUAUUAAACGCAUAAGAGAAGCCAAGAGCUCCAAGACUGCCCUCAGUCUGGGUUACCAUGGCAACAUUGUAGACCUAUGGGAGAGGCUGCUGUUAGAGUACGAGAGGACGGGGGAGUUGCUGGUGGAUCUGGGUUCAGACCAGACCUCCCUGCACAACCCUUAUAAUGGCGGAUACUACCCAGUUCAGCUCAGCUUCCGCCAAGCCAAUCAGCUCAUGGCAACUGAUCCUAAACGUUUUCGGACCACGGUUCAGGAAAGCCUCUGUAGACACAUUAGAGCUAUCAACAAGCUGUCUGAUGCUGGUAUGUUCUUCUGGGACUACGGUAAUGCGUUUCUACUAGAGGCCCAAAGAGCCGGCGCAGAUGUAGGAAAAGUUGGUGGAGGACCCACAGAAUUUCGUUACCCGUCUUAUGUCCAGGAUAUUAUGGGGGAUAUUUUCUCUUUGGGCUUUGGCCCGUUUCGCUGGGUGUGCACAUCUGGGGACCCUCAAGAUCUUGCUGUAACAGACAACAUCGCGGCGACUGUCCUGGAGGAAAUGAGUGCCAAUGUUACUGAUCGCGUCAGACAGCAGUAUGAUGACAACAUACACUGGAUCAGAGAGGCUGGAAAACACAAGAUGGUUGUGGGAUCCCAGGCCAGGAUCCUUUACUCUGACCAGAAAGGAAGAGUCUCCAUUGCUCUGGCUAUAAACCAGGCGAUCGCUGAUGGAAGAGUCUCAGCUCCUGUGGUUAUUAGCAGAGACCAUCAUGAUGUCAGUGGCACAGACAGCCCCUUCAGAGAAACCUCCAAUGUGUAUGAUGGAUCAGCCUUCUGUGCAGACAUGGCGGUCCAGAACUUUGUUGGUGAUGCAUUCAGGGGCGCCACGUGGGUAGCUCUUCACAACGGUGGUGGUGUUGGUUGGGGCGAGGUGAUGAACGGAGGCUUUGGUCUGCUGUUGGAUGGCUCAGACGAGGCAGGGAAGCGAGCCAGACUGAUGCUCAACUGGGACGUCUCCAAUGGGGUGGCUCGUCGAUGCUGGUCUGGAAACUCCAACGCCUACGAAACCAUCCAGCGCACUAUGGAGGACAACAGGCAGUUGCGGGUCACCAUGCCAUUUCCUGUUCAGGAUGAGCAUAUACUGGACCGUGCCCUGCAAGGCUGAACAAGACAUAAAGCUUAGGUUUUUAAUCCUG